AGCGCUACCGAGCCCGCCCGGUGCCCAUGCCCGCGCGGGCCCGCGACAGAAAUGGACUUGCCGGGCGGCGCGGGCGGGGCCCCGGCCACCGCUGACAGGCGGCAGCAGCAGGCGACGCCCGAGGCGCGCGAGGCGGCGUGCCUCUUCUGCUGCGGCGAGCCGGAGGUCGGCGACGGCUGCUCCUGGGCUCGGGCGCUCCCCUGCGGCCACGACUGCUGGCACGCCCAGUGCAUCCUGCACUGGCUCUCCGAGUGCAGGACCUGCCCCCUCUGCCGCGCAGGGGUGCCCCCCACCUGGUUCGCCGGCGCGGGCGCCCACGGCAGGGCUCCGUGCGCGGAGCCCGGCGACGGCGAGGCCGCAUCUCGCGAGGGCUUGGGCCCGCCAGCUCCGCUAGAGGAG